AUGGCUUAUGUUUUAGAUGCUAGAACUGCUGUUGGUAGUGCUUACUUUGGACAAGGAACAGGUAGUAUUGUCAUGGAUAAUGUACAUUGUACUGGAACUGAAUCCACUCUUACAAGCUGUACUCACUCUACCAAUCACAACUGUAAUCAUGCUGAAGAUGCUGGAGUAAGAUGCAAUGAUGCUACUAGAAUCUGGAACAGUGCAUUCCCAGGUAUGAUACGUCUUCAAGGAGGAGCUUAUUCUAAUGAAGGGCGUGUGGAAGUGUAUUGUAAUGGACAGUGGGGGACGAUAUGCAGUACUGGGUUUGGAACUACUGAUGCUAACACCAUUUGCAAGCAACUGGGAUAUGACAACUAUUACAAUUAUAAUCAGUUGUCAAUAUCCAGUGGUAGCUCUAGUCAGCCAAUAUGGAGUACUAAUAUGUACAGUACAUCAAGUGAUAGGUGUUAUGGUACUAGAAACACUUGUCCAUCCUCUUCAGUGACUACUUGUUCUCAUAGUAAUGAUGUUACAAUCAGUUGCAGAGAAUACUCCUCAUUAUAUGGGCAAACUGUAACUUUAUCAACUUGUGCAAAUCUUAUACUUAGUAAUCCUGCUAAUGGAGCUAUAAUUCUCUCUCGUUAUAAUGUAUCAUCAACCUCUUAUUACUAUGGAACAAUUAGAGUAUAUUAUAAUGGAUGGGGUAACAUUUGUGAUGACUUAAGAUACAAUUCAGUUGAAGCUAAUGUCAUUUGUCAUCAGUUGGGAUACACUGGAGCUUCAAGCUACUCAAGAGCUGGACUUGUCAGUUAUGGUACAGACUACCUUUCCAUGAAAUGGGAUGAUGUUAAUUGUGCUAGUAGCAGCUAUUUAGCUAUUGCUCAAUGUUCAUACUCUACUUAUAUUGAUAGUGGCUGUACUAAUAGCAACAGUUAUGAUGCUACUGUUUACUGCUAUACUACUAGAAUCUGGAACAGUAAUCCAUUCCUUGGUAUGAUACGUCUUCAAGGAGGAGCUUAUUCUAAUGAAGGACGUGUGGAAGUGUAUUGUAAUGGACAGUGGGGGACAAUAUGCAGUACUGGGUUUGGAACUACUGAUGCUAACACCAUUUGCAAGCAACUGGGAUAUGACAGUUAUGACAGAUAUAAUCACUUGUCAAUAUCCAGUGGUAGCUCUAGUCAGCCAAUAUGGAGUACUAAUAUGUACAGUACAUCAAGUGAUAGGUGUUAUGGUACUAGAAACACUUGUCCAUCCUCUUCAGUGACUACUUGUUCUCAUAGUAAUGAUGUUACAAUCAGUUGCAGAGAGUACUCCUCAUUAUCUCGUCAAACUGUAACUUCAUCAACUUGUUCAAAUCUUAUACUUAGUAAUCCUGCCAACGGAGCCAUAAUUCUCUCUCGUUAUAGUGUAUCAUCAACCUCUUAUUACUAUGGAACAGUUAGAGUAUAUUAUAAUGGAUGGGGUAAUAUUUGUGAUGACUCAAGAUACAAUUCAGCUGAAGCUAAUGUCAUUUGUCAUCAGUUGGGAUACACUGGAGCCUCAGGCUACUCAAGAGCUGGACUUGUCAGUUAUGGUACGGAUUACCUUUCUAUGAAAUGGGAUGAUGUUAACUGUGCUAGUAGUAGCUAUUUAUCUAUUUCUCAAUGUUCAUACUCUACUUCUAUUGAUAGUGGUUGUACUAAUAGUAACAGUUAUGAUGCUACUGUCUACUGCUAUACUACUAGAAUAUGGAACACUAGCCCAUACUCUGGUAUGAUACGUCUUCAAGGAGGAAAUUAUUCUAAUGAAGGACGUGUGGAAGUGUAUUGUAAUGGACAGUGGGGGACAAUAUGCAGUACUGGGUUUGGAGCUACUGAUGCUAACACCAUUUGCAAGCAACUGGGAUAUGAUAACUAUUACAGAUAUAAUCACUUGUCAAUAUCUAGUGGUAGCUCUAGUCAGCCAAUAUGGAGUACUAAUAUGUACAGUACAUCAAGUGAUAGAUGUUAUGGUACUAGAAACACUUGUCCAUCCUCUUCAGUGACUACUUGUUCUCAUAGUAAUGAUGUUACAAUCAGUUGCAGAGAGUACUCCUCCUCAUCUCGUCAAACUGUAACUUCUUCGACUUGUUCAAGUCUUUUAGGUAAUCCUGCAAAUGGAGCUCUGAUUCUUUCUCGUAGUAAUACACACUCAGCUUCUUAUUACUUUGGAACAGUUAGAGUAUAUUAUAAUGGAUGGGGUAAUAUCUGUGAUGAUUCCCGUUAUGGUUCAGCUGAAGCUAAUGUCAUUUGUCAUCAGUUGGGAUACACUGGAGCUUCAAGCUACUCAAGAGCUGGACUUGUCAGUUAUGGUACAGACUACCUUUCUAUGAAAUGGGAUGAUGUUAACUGUGCCAGUAGCAGCUAUUUAUCUGUUGCUCAAUGUUCCUAUUCUACUUAUAUUGAUAGUGGCUGUACUAAUAGUAAUAGUUAUGAUGCUACUGUCUACUGCUAUACCAACAGAAUCUGGAACAGUAAUCCAUUCCCUGGUAUGAUACGUCUUCAAGGAGGAGCUUAUUCUAAUGAAGGACGUGUGGAAGUGUAUUGUAAUGGACAGUGGGGGACAAUAUGCAGUACUGG